AUGUUGAAUAAUACAGGGAAAAGACUUGCUAUUGUGUUUUUAGUAUUAACGUUUAUUUUUUGGCUUAUCUCUAUGGUAACACCUGGAUGGUUGGUCAAACCAGAUAACGGAUUCAGCAUUUUUUACUUCCAAGUAUGCACCGAAGACAAGUGUGAAAACACAAAAUACAGCGAUAUCUUCCAAAAGUCCCCAGGUGUCAAACUAGCUGUAGCACUUCAAAUUGAAAGCCUGGUUGCUCUUAUUCUGUGUGCAAUAUCUGGCAUCUUGGUGAUCUUUCCGACUAAUCGUACAACAACAACAUUUUUUAUUGUUGUUAUCAUCAUUCCUGUUGCCGCCACUCUUCAGUGUGUUUUGAUUUUAUCAGCUGCUCUGAUCAACAAUAUAUUUGCCUCAAUCGUAAAUUUUCCGUACUCAAUUCUUCUAAGUGGACUUGGAACGCUUUUCUCCAUCGUUGCCUGGGUUUAA